GGUGGUUGAAUGAGUUGAGGCUAAGCGAUCGGAUUACGUAAGCUGUACAUCGAACAGGGAAAUGGUCAACAGAUCACCCAGUAGCAGGGCGCAUACACACACCCCUUGACCAUCACCAAUGCGGACCUUCGACUCUUGUUGACCAUUUGAAUGACCAUUGACCAUGCCAGCCGACAGAAACCACCAACAACAUCAAACGACUCACUUGCAAUCAUCCUCAUUCUCAUCUUCAACCUCUUCAACGAUAUCCCACUCAUCUGCAACCUCCUCAAGGGUCGAUCAAGAACGACUACCAAAUCAAACCCAUCAUGACAACUUACUACCACAAGAACAACAACAAGGAACCGCUGAAAAUUCAAACGUAUCAACUUUCGAUCAGACAGACUCUCCUACAAAAAAACUGAAAUCAAAACGAUUUGUUAGUCGACCCCUUCAACGCAAUCAAGCCUGCUCCACUUGUCGAAGUCGCAAAGUCAGAUGCGAUGCUCAGAAACCGGCCUGUGGAGCAUGCAAAAGAAGUGCAGCCGCUCAUGGUGAAGAUCCAACCAUCAUCAUUUGUCAGUAUGACAUAGAUGAGAACAUUCUCGAUGUCGAAACUUACUCCAACAUCAACCAUCAUCUUGAUUUCACUGACACGACUGCCCCAGUUCGGAAACCAUUGGCAAAAAUAGCCGCCUUGGAACAAAAAAUUGCCGAAAUGGAGACCUUAAUUUCUCAACUUGAUCUGUCUCUCAAUUCUAAUCCUCAGCCCUCUUCAAUACUUUGUUCUGGACCAUCUCUUUCAUCAACCUCUGAGGCCUCAUCGAACAUGUCACUACCCUCAAUACCACAUUCAUCUUCAAAUCCUAUGGAAGUGGUCUGGACAAAUUGGCCCAGCUGUCUCCCACCUCGUCGGAUAAUCAGUCAUUUGGUCAAGCUCUAUUUCAGUCUCCAGUCAGGUGCUGGUCAACUGAUGUUCGUCGAACCUGCUCAAUUACUUGCUAGCCUUCAUCUGCCACCUAGUCACCCGGAUUUUCCAUUUGUUGGGUUACUUCAAUCAAUUAUGGCUGUUGCUUAUCAACAAUCCGUUUCGGGAAACCCCGAUCAAUUUGCUUUCAAUUUAUUACGCGCCUGUAACAUCAAACGAUACUGGCCAAUGGAUUCGGCCGUGCAUCAUUAUCAUGCCAAAUGCGCAAAAAGGGCAAUCGACCAAGCUGUGUUCAAUGGGACACAUCUCUUUCAAGUGACGCAAUCUUUGAACAUUUACUGCUACUAUGCCUAUGGAGCUGUGCAGCUGGUUCAAGCAUGGGUUUGCAGUGGAUUGGCCAUUCAAUUUGCAACACCGCUUGGCUUGAAUCAACUCGAAAAAUGUCAAGAACAUCUUGAUCGAACCAAACCAAAACCUAGAUCUCUACUUCCAGGACCUCGCACAGUUGUAGAAAAAUAUCAGCGAGCUGUCACCUUUUGGUUAGCAUUCCAGAUGGAUCGUUUCUUGUCGGUCUCGGCCGGUCGACCCCAUUCGAUCUCGGAAUCAGAUAUUACCACUUUGCUCCCAACCAAACCAGGCACGAGUCAAGCCACGAUCGGAGUUGUUGAUCUGGCCACAAACCCCCUCUCAAUCUCACAUCCACAUUUUUUCAGCUUUCAUCCUUAUGAUGUCGAUGAAUUCCAGUUGGAAUUAAAAGCUACCAUCUUACUCGGCCGAGUGUCAGAUUGGUUGAUCCGGGCUCCCGAUCCAGUCGGAUUCAAUUUACAAAAAUACUGGAAGAUGCCAGAUGGACCUAUACCGGAUCUCCGAUCUCAGCCUGAUUUUAUACAGUUGGAUCAAGAUAUCACUACAUUCACGAUGUCUUUACCGCCAAAAUUCCAUCAAACCAUUUUCGAAGGAGAGGGGAGACAAGUCUCUCAUGGCAAAGUGAUGAUUAUGUUAAUUAUCAACUUGAGUAUAAUCUUACUACAUGAAUGUUUCAUUACCAAAGAAACUUUUAACUUUAGCUUCGAGCGUUGUUUGCAAGCGGCUAGUAAGAUUAAAUGGGUCGGUGACCUGAUUUUCGGGUCUGGCUACGAUUGCAGAUUGCUACAUCCCUUCACAAACUAUUGUUGGGCAAUAGCUGUUAGGGUGAUGAUGAGACAACUAGUGCAAAAUGAGAUCAAACUUAUUGAAUUAGCGACGGCGACCACCUCUACACCCCCGAGCCAACAGUUAGCCUCAUCAGCAGACCAUCACCACCAAUGUUCAGCGGAACCCGAUCAAAAUCAAUUGAUUGGCUUGCUGAAAGUUGAAGAAGAUAAAGUCAAGCAAAAUCUAAUCGAAAUCGAAAGUUUGCUGAUGUUUAAUCGUAAGAUUCACAAUCGAGACUCGAAAUUCAACCCAAGUUUCCAUCAGGAUAAUCUUCAUUUCGCUCAUCAGACAAUACAACAGUCACGAGCUCACCAGAACCAGCAGCAAGUCGAAAAACACCUGAUUCAUCAGCAACCAUCGAGCAAGGCUCAACUCAACUGGGAUAGAAGCUUUGAGAAAAGGAAUGUGCAAGAUUUAAAUUAUGGCUAUAGCUUUGCAGACAGUAUUGAUCACCAUCGCCAAUCACUUCACGUUGAUCAACCGAUCCAUAACGAAAAAAUGUCCAACCCGAUGACCGCCCAUCACCAUCUAGAUACGGAUACUCGACAUUUCAAUCCACUAAACCUCGGCGGAAAUAAUUAUCAACUGGAGCCGAGAAGAAAAUCUCCUCAAUUCGAUCAGCCAAAUCCCACACAGUUCCUCGAUCAACCAGUAUCUCAUAAUCUUCAUGAAAGCGAUGCUCGAACUCAGCCUGAUACAGAUAUUCUGAAUCAUCACACACUACAGAAUCUCAACGAAUCUCCUGGUUUCGAGGAACUCGGUUUAAAUCAAAUUUAUUUUGACCAGUUGAUUGUUUUAUUUCAAAUUCGCUUUCAGGCUUUUCGGUUGCCUGAGUCUUUAUCGCGAGUGGUCGUGUGAUCUUCCCUUUUUCCCUUUCUCGAUAUUCCUCUGGCGUUUGUCCCCUUUUGUCUAUAUAUUGGAAUUAGAAUGUUAGAUGAGCAAUUCUGAUUCUGGUAGUGUACUUGGAAUUCUACCUCUCAUGUUGUGUUGUGUUGUUUCUUUCUCUUUUUCUUUCUUUCUCAGAGUUUUGUUCCUCCUCCUUUCUGUUGGUUUUCUUGUUCUACAAAUAUCUGGAUAUGUGCGUACACUCAUUUUGUUCAUUGUUUUCUUGGUUGACGAAACUUUCGUGAAUUAUCUGCCGAUUAAAAACUUAUGGAAACAGUAUCAUUGUAAGGAAUAGACAUUCG